ACCUCGCGAUACUUCGCUUCAGUGGCGGCUGUCUGGCCCCUCCACUCAGCCGUAGCUACUCCUGACAGAUUUGAAUGAGAACAGAGCGAGGUACCGCGGUAAACCUUCGAGGGAAGAAUGGCUUCAGCCCUGGAGCAGUUCGUGAACAAUGUGCGGCAGCUCUCCGCUCAAGGCCAGAUGACUGCACUUUGUGAGCUGAUCAACAAGAGCGGAGAGCUGCUGGCCAAGAACCUGUCGCACCUGGACACGGUGCUGGGGGCCCUGGACGUUCAGGAGCACUCGCUGGGGGUGCUGGCUGUGCUGUUUGUGAAGUUUUCCAUGCCAAACAUCCCUGACUUUGAAACGCUGUUCUCCCAAGUGCAGCUCUUCAUCAGCGCCUGCAACGGCGAACACAUCCGAUACGCAACAGACACAUUCGCUGGCCUCUGCCAUCAGCUGACGAACGCCCUGGUGGAGCGGAAACAGCCAUUGAGGGGGGUGGGCAUUCUCAAACAGGCAAUAGAGAAAAUGCAGAUGAGCACAAACCAGUUGACCUCAGUUCAUGCAGACCUGUGUCAGCUGUGCUUGUUAGCGAAGUGCUUCAAACCCGCCCUGCCAUUUCUGGAGCUCGACAUGACUGACAUCUGCAAAGAGAACGGCGCCUACGACGCCAAGCACUUCCUCUGCUACUACUACUACGGGGGCAUGAUCUGCACUGCACUGAAGAACUUUGAAAGAGCACUGUAUUUUUACGAACAGGCCAUAACCACUCCCGCCAUGGCGGUCAGCCACAUCAUGCUGGAGGCCUAUAAGAAGUACAUCCUGGUCUCCCUCAUUCUGCACGGAAAAGUCCAGCCGCUGCCCAAAUAUACCUCACAGAUCGUGGGCAGGUUUAUCAAGCCUCUUAGCAACGCGUACCAUGAGCUGGCACAGGUGUACGCGACCAACAACCCCGCGGAGCUGCGCAGCGUGGUGAACAAGCAGAGCGAGGCGUUCGCGCGCGACAGCAACAGCGGCCUGGUGAAGCAGUGCGUCGCCUCGCUCUACAAGAAGAACAUCCAGAGACUCACCAAGACGUUCCUGACGCUGUCCUUGCAAGACAUGGCGAGUCGAGUGCAGCUGGCCACACCUCAGGAGGCCGAGAAGUACGUCCUACACAUGAUUGAAAACGGAGAAAUCUACGCCAGCAUCAACCAGAAAGAUGGAAUGGUCUGUUUCCACGACAACCCAGAAAAGUACAAUAACCCUGCGAUGCUCCACAAAAUUGACCAAGAGAUGCUGAGGUGCAAAGAGCUGGAUGAGAAGCUGCGCUCCAUGGAUCAGGAGAUCACAGUAAACCCUCAGUUUGUGCAGAAGAGUAUGGGUUCGCAAGAGGACGAUGUUGGAAGCAAGACGUCAAGCUACUCCUGAAGACACCCGGGGAAAUACUGCCUUGAAUCGGGUUCUUUUUCGGAAGAAGUUUUUUAAGGAGGAAAAAAUUCUGCGGAGCCUGGACAUUAUUCAAGAAAAUAUAUCCGUGUGAAAAAUUUCACUCAUUGCUGUCACUGUCAUGCGGAAUAUUAAACAAACAUUCAUCAGUGUUUUAUUUAUCCAUGUUCGGGUCCGAGAACC